AUGAAAAAAUCUACUUCAAAAGGUGGAUUGAAAACUGGGUCUAACAACAACAACAUCAGGAGGGAGAUAGAGUGGGAGCUGAGGCCUGGUGGCAUGCUUGUCCAAAAGAGAGAUGAUGGGGAAGUCUCUUCAGGGCUUAUGAUCAAGAUCAAGGUCUCCCAUGGCUCCUAUCACCAUGAAAUCACUGUCCCUGCUCAAUCCACUUUUGGGGAUUUGAAGAGGGUUCUUGCUUCUGAGACUGGUCUGGAGCCCAAGGAGCAAAGGUUGUUGUUCCAAGGCAAGGAGAAGGAAGAUGAUGAAUGGUUGCACAUGGUAGGUGUAAUGGACAUGUCCAAGGUUAUGCUUUUCGAGGAUCCAGCUAGCAAAGAGAGGAAACUUGAGGAGAUGAAGAGAAAUCAAGGCAUGUUAAAUGCCUAUGAAUCAGUUGCCAGAGUUAGAGCAGAAGUUGAUAAGCUCUCCAAGAAGGUUGUUGCCUUGGAAACAACUGUUCGUGGUGGAAAGAAGGCUGCGGACAAGGAAUUCAUUGUCUUGACAGAGUUGCUUAUGAGACAAUUACUUAACUUAGAUGCAAUUGAAGCUGAUGGAGAAGCAAGAGUUCAUAGGCGGAUUGAGGUUCGUCGAGUUCAGAGCUUCGUCGACACACUUGACAAUAUGAAGGCAAGAAACUGCAACCCUUUCGGCAACGCUAGCUCAGUGUCAGUGACUACUAAAUGGGAGACUUUUGAGACAGGAUUUGGAAGCCCCAGUGCUGCAGUCCCACAAGUAUCUUCAACAAAAACUACUCAGGAUUGGGAAUUGUUUGAUUCACCAUCUUUCCACCCAAUUGAUGGGUCUGUAAAUAUUCAAAAAGAGAGUCUAUGAAAAUGGAGCUUCUACCUCUUGUUGAGGUAUUGAUUUGAUCCGGGAAAGCUGUAUCGGCCAUAGAAAUCAGCCUCUUGUUGAGGUAUUGAUUUGAUCAGGGAAAGCUGUAUCUGCCAUAGAAAUCAGAGUGAAGAGCAUGUUUUGCACCACUAAGAUAUAUGAAAUAAUGGCUUCUUCAUUGUUUAGAUGGUUUAAA